AUGUCUCAAAGAAUCUGCUAUAAGCCUGGCUGUGGAGGAAAGGCAAAAUUCAAGUGCUUUUGCACCACUCCUGAAACUUAUAUGUGUGAAAAGCACAUAGAUGAUAGAGACCCUCUCUAUAGAAACCACGUUGGUCAUGAGAUGAUCACCAUUUACAGCAAGCCUGAUUAUGCUUCAAAAGAAGCUUUUCUUAAGUUUCUCAGCGGAGAAGUCCACAAACUCGACUCAGUUGAGAAAAUUAUCAUCGAAAACACUUUGGUUGAAAUCAAAGCGAUCGAGGAAGGUCUUAAGGAAAUUUUGCAUAGGAUUAAUGACUCCAAAAAUACUCUUAACCAUUUAGUUGAAGAGAUAAACUCUCUUAGAGAGAUUCCAUACAACAGCUCAAAAUCGCUUCACAACUGGCUAAAACUUCCUGUACAAGAAGCAAAUGCCUUGAUAGAGAACCUUAAAAGGACGAAGGAGCUUCCCUCUUCUGAUGGUUUAUACCAAGAAAUGGUCCAAUUUACUUUGGAAUUUGCUUUAAAACCAAUCGAAUCUCCUUUAGAAGCCCUAGAACUUCUGAAUGAAAGCAGCAGAAAAAAUCAGGUUCAGUUCAAGCAGCAAAUGAACACAAUCCUAAACUUGAAAAAUAUAGUGAACCAUUACAAAAAUAACCUCAAACAAGACUUAAGCACCCCUAUAAACAAUGAAAGAUCCCCAAGUUCUCUUUCUACCUACAAGCAAGACUUCGAAGCUUUAGCCAAGCAAGAUAUUAACAACUAUGACAUCCCCAAGAGAAAAAGAAACAGUCAGCAGUAUAUGAACAAUAAUUUAGAAGUUGCUGAUGCGAUUCACCAUGUAACAGUUGGAGGCCCCGAGCCUGACAGCUCAGACUCAGACCAUCAGCAUACAACUGAAGAAGAGUCCGUCAACACCACACACUCAGCCUACACUGCGGAGACUAUUUCAGAUUAUUCUCCUCUUAACACCCAGUUCAGCUAA